UUGGGUACUUUGUUCGGAAACUCCUGUCCUUGUCUUUUCAUAAGUUUGGGAAUAGCUACAUGCAGGGUUCUGAGAUCUGAACUUUUCAGGAAUAAGGACCAAUCACGGCAUCAUGGGUCUCUUCAGCUUUCUGUGUGCGAUCAUCACCAGAGCUUUGUUUAUACUGGUUUCUCUGGUCGCUGUCUGGAGGGUGGUGGGGGUCAAGGAAAACCACUAUUACUGGCUGCUGACUUUUCUCUUUCUGCCGCUUGUUGUUGAAAUGAUAAUAACACUGAGGAAGCGAAAAGGACAGGAUUACAAAUGGUUUUCUCCCACCAUGUUUUUGUUUCUGAUAAGUAUUAUUCCCUCCAUCUGGAUCCUGGAGCUCCACCACCAGCAGAACAAGGCGCUGGACUUUAAGUGCAACCGUCUUAAUUUUUCGGAAUAUAUUCUCCAAACGAUCAUCCAGCCUAAAGAGUCAAGAAACAACACAACUUCCAGUUUCGUGAAGAAUAUUGGUGACAUCGUGUCAAAUAUCUGCCAGAACAACUGGAUCCUGGCUCUUCAUCAGAUUCUGCUCAUCCUCCUCAUCAUUGGGAAGUGGCUUCUCCCUUUGGGAGGUGGGCUCUCCAGAGACCAGCUGUCUCAGCUUCUGCUUGUUUUUGUAGGCACAGCGGCAGACAUCCUCGAGUUUACCAGUGAGACACUGGAUGAUGUAAAAGACAACAGUCCUCAUGUGGUCUACAUCAUCUUAGCUGUAUGGACUUGGAGCAUGCUGCAGUUCCCCUGUCAUCUGUGUGUGCCUGGAUGGUAAUGUGCCAUCUCAUUUUAAAGACCUUCCCACCCUAUGCUGUCCAUUCUUCCAACACUGACCCAGGACUCAAUCCUACACCAUGGAGAUCGGGCCUUUUCCUGUGCCGCCCCUUGGCCGUGGAAAACUUUGCCCCUAAAUCUGAGGGCUCCACAGACCCUGAGACAUUUUAAAACAAGCCUCUAAAUGUUCCUUUUACCCAAUGUUUUGAAUGGCCUCCUUAACAUGCUUUGACCUGUUUUUAUUUUUUUGCAUUUAAUGGCCUCAAGACUUUUACUUGUGUAUUUUAUCUGCAUUUUAUUGUCCCUGUUUUUAUUUUAAUAGUUGUUUUUCUCUUUCUUCGACUGUAGCAAUUUAUGAUUUUGUUAGAAAUAUAAAGUGCAUUGCAAAUACAAUCUAUUGUUAUUAUUAACAUUAUUAAACAUGGUUUUUGAUUGGUCUAAUGUGAUUUUCUAAUUUUCUGAGACACUUAAUUUUGGGUUUUCUUUACCUGUAAGCCAUAUUCAUCAAAAUUACAAGAAAUAAAAGCUUGAAAUAUUUUUACUCUAUGUAAAAACCGUAACCGUUUCACUUCUGAAAUGGCUGGCAAAAAAAUUGCACUUUUAUGCAAUAUUCAAAUUUUUUGAGAUGUACCUGUAAGGGGCCACCACAAAUAAAGCUGGAAAAGUAUCUGAA